CAGUCCGUUCCUCGCACCAACGCCAAAAUCCCCACAAAAAUAUGUCCGCCACCCUGCGUCUUCUCUGCCUGAUGGCCUGCUGCAUUGCCCUGACUGUGGCCAAUCGCCCGAACUACGGCGGCUCCGGAUACGGUCCCAGCUAUGGAGAUGUUGUCAAAGCAGCCGAGACUGCUGAGGCCCAGGCUUCUGCCCUGACCAAUGCCGCUGGUGCCGCUGCCUCUGCCGCCAAAUUGGACGGUGCUGAUUGGUAUGCCCUCAACCGAUAUGGAUGGGAACAGGGCCGUCCUCUUCUGGCCAAGCCUUACGGUCCUCUGGACAAGCUCUACGCGGCUGCUCUGCCACCACGCUCUUUCGUGGCCGAAAUCGAUCCAGUCUUCAAGAAGAGCCACUACGGCGGAUCUUAUGGCGAGAAGGCGGUUCUGAACACCGAAUCCAAACUGGGUGUUGUUGCCAUCUAAGAGCUUGGAUUGUAUAGCUCCGAAAGUGUUAAUAAAUAGUGAUAGCUUAAAGCAAGUUAAA